AUGGCGGCGCUGGCGGAGGCAGGGUCGACCACCAAUGCCCGAGGCAUCCCAAGUUUUCCGUUCAUGAACAAUAUCAGUGACUAUGUCAAGAGCAUUGAAGAUGUUGAGGCCACACUGCAGCGUUUCCAGGAGAUGGUCUCCAAAUAUACAUUCAUGCAACAGAACGUCGAUCGAAGAGCAGCAGGCUUGAGGGAAAAGUUGCCAGAAAUGAAGGACACACUUGACACUGUGCGAUUUCUCAAGAAAAAGCGAGCAGCAGCAUUAGAGGCACAGAAUGGAUCUGCUGAGGACCUGGACGACGAGUUGGAGGAGAAGCAGCACAAUCCACUGGAAAUGGAAGCCACUUUCAGCUUGCAGGAUACGUUGUAUGCGAAAGCCACGAUCAGACCAGCAGAGGUGGAUGAGGUGUAUCUGUGGCUUGGUGCAAAUGUGAUGGUCGCAUAUCCACUUGAUGAAGCAGAAGUGAUGCUGCAGGAGAAGAUGGCCAAAGCAAAGGAUAGUUUGAAGGCAGCCGAGGAAGAUCUGGAGUUUCUGAGGAUACAGAUCACCACGUUGGAAGUUGCGACUGCCCGUGUCCAUAAUUGGGACGUUGGAGAAAAGCGAAGACUGCGAGCAGCGGGCAAGUUGAAAGAUCAUGAGUCUUGA